AUGGGAGGAGAAAUUGCAAGUCGCCUGUAACAUCAAGAUCAAGCUCGCCUCGCCGCCCAACAAGGAAGCCGCACGUUAGAUGGGAAUUUAAUCUGACAAUAGACCUCCACUUCCCGUCGACGAGGAGGAGACAUUUGACUGAAUAACAAGCCAGCGGGAGUGUGGAAUGCCAGCUCCAUGGAGGUCUUGGGCUGUCUGCCGCCAGUGCUGCCUCGCCUGCAGGACCAGGUGGAGGAGUACCUUCUCACACCAGAACUCCUCCCAAUCCACAGCGCAGCCAAUUCUAGGAAAUGGUUCCCACGGGUGCCAGAUCCUCACCGAUUGUACAGCCUGUGUCCACUGCCCCCCAGCUCCCACCUGGAAGUAGAGCGAGACCCAGCCUCCGGGGAGAUAACUGGCUUGCGGGAAGUGAGCAGCCGAGAUGCCGGGGCCACCGCCAAGAACUCACUCUCGCUGGGCCGUGCACCAGGGCCGCCUGAAGAGAUGGUGCGGGGGUCCACCACUAACCUCCCCUUCUGGCCUGGCGGCUUCCCCGUACCUGAGGUGGACACUGAGGCAGUGGAGGCAUCGGAUAUUUUUGACCCUAAGAACUUUUUGGUGAGUCACCCAAGGUUGUCUGGUGGCAUGACCUUUGACCUGCCAGAGCAGCUGGUGGAGAAGGAUGGGACCACAGAGCAGGAGGAGCAGAACGAGACAGGACUGGUGGUGAGUCUGGCUGACAUAUUGAAUGAACAGAAGAUCUUUGAAGAGGAGCAGCAUCCAGCCAAGCAGAGUGGUGGCAGCCUCAGCCUGGAGGGACUCAGCCAAGAGGAUGCCAAUUUGGUUCAGGAGUUCAACAUUGAGCCGCCUCCACCACCCCCCAAGCAAGACUUCGUCCUGGACACCUCCAGCACCAGCGCGGCGCCUGUCAUUGCCAGGAACACCGAGUGGGCUGAAAAUGUGGAUAUCAAUGCUCCUGUGGAUGACUAUGCAGCACGUGUUCCCAACCCAGCCUGUACCUACCCCUUCGAGCUGGACACCUUCCAGAAGCAGGCCGUCUUGCACCUGGAGCAGCAGGACUGCGUCUUCGUGGCAGCACACACUUCUGCCGGCAAGACUGUUGUGGCAGAGUAUGCUGUGGCCCUGUCCCUCAAGCACAUGACACGGGCAGUCUACACCUCACCCAUCAAGGCCCUGUCCAACCAGAAGUAUCGUGACUUUAAGGUGAAAUUUGAAGAUGUGGGUCUGCUCACAGGAGACAUCCAGAUCAACCCCAAAGCUUCUUGCCUUAUUAUGACCACAGAGAUCCUGCAGUCAAUGCUGUAUAACGGUAGUGACCUUAUUCGGGACUUGGAGUGGGUCAUAUUUGAUGAGGUGCACUACAUCAACAACGCUGAUCGUGGCCACGUGUGGGAGGAGGUGCUCAUAAUGCUGCCGGCCUCCGUCAACAUUGUCUUGCUCUCGGCCACAGUCCCCAACACCAUUGAAUUUGCUGACUGGAUUGGCCGCAUCAAGAAGCGUAAGAUCUACGUCAUCAGCACCAGCCAGCGCCCGGUGCCCCUGGAGCACUUCCUCUACACUGGCACUGGCGGGCGCUCCAAGGACGACCGCUUCCUGCUGGUUGAUGCUCGUGGCACCUUUGUCACCAAGGGCUACAACGACGCCCUGGCAUCCAAGAGUGAUAGAAAGAAGGGCCAGCAGACACAAGGGCCCCGUCAUGGCCGCCAACACAUGGGGGAGAAGCAGGAAAAAAACAUGUGGAUAGGGCUGCUGGACCACCUGGUGCGCCAUGACCUACUGCCAGUGGUGGCCUUCACGCUCUCCAAGAAGCGGUGUGACAGCAACGCCCAGCUGCUGCUGAGCCAAGACCUCACCACCAGCCGGGAGAAAGGGGAGAUCCGCUCCUUCAUCCGCCGCUGCACCGACCGCCUGCAGGGCACUGACAAAAAGCUGCCACAGGUGAUCUACAUGCGCCAACUACUCUUACAGGGCAUAGGUGUGCACCACAGUGGCAUUCUGCCCAUUCUGAAGGAGGUGGUGGAGAUGCUUUUUGCCAAGGGCCUGGUGAAACUUCUCUUUGCCACAGAAACAUUUGCCAUGGGAGUCAACAUGCCCGCACGUUGUGUUGUCUUUGAUUCCACCAGGAAGCAUGAUGGAACGGCGUUUAGGGACCUGGUGCCCAGUGAAUACAUUCAGAUGGCGGGGCGAGCCGGCCGCCGUGGUCUUGACACCACUGGCACAGUGAUGGUCCUCUGUAAGGUAGAGGUGCCGGAGAUGGCUGACCUGCACCGUAUGAUGUUAGGCAAACCAUCCAAGCUUGAGUCUCGGUUCAAGCUGACGUACUCCAUGAUGCUCCGAAUCCUGCGUGUGGAGAGCUUCACUGUUGAAGACAUCAUGAAGCGCUCCUUCUCUGAGGCAGUCCAGAUGGCCAACCAAAGUAUAUACAAGGAGCAGCUGGAGCAGGCUGAGGCAAAGCUGGCUGCUGAACCUGAAUUCUCCUGUCUUGUGUGCAAGGAUGUGAAAGAGUACUAUGCUGCCAGUCGGGAGUACAUAAAGCAGCGGCAGCGAGUGUAUACCUCAGUGUUAGGUUUUCCUGGUGUGAUGAAGGCCAUGGCUCCGGGCCGGCUGUUACUGCUUAGUCAUGGCAUGUACCAGCAGCGCCUUGGUUGCCUUCUUAAGAUAGACACCCGCGACCACAACAAAUUGACAGUCUUCAUCUUGAGGGGCAAGGAGGAGGUAGCUGCAGCUUCAGAGAAAGAAAUUCAGACACGCGAAGUGAUGGCUGCCAGCCUGGACACCUUUGAGAUGCUACAAGACACCUCAGAACACAUCUGCCUGGAGGUGCCGCCAGGCAGUGUGACCGCCAUCAUUGCCAAGACUCUCAAAGUUAGUGCUGACAAAGUCAUAGACAACAUUAAGAAGCGCCUCAUUCCUCGCUUCAGAGAUGACCCGCCAUCCAAGUCAGUGCAAGAGCUGAUUAGUCAAAUGCAGCGUCUGAAUGAGUCUGGGGGGAAAGACCUGCCUUCCCUGAGCCUGGUCAAAGAUCUGGGGGUGCGAGAAAUGGAAGCUGUGGCCCAGAUCCACGCCCUGGAGUGCCUGCAAACAAAGGUUACAGAGAAGGCAUGUUUGGAAUGCCCCAUGUUUCAGGAACAUUUUGGGCAAGCCUUUGUGCGACUUAGUUUAGAGGAGCGGGCGGGACGCCUCAGAUUCCUCAUGUCAGAGGAGGCGCUACAGCUUCAUCCAGAGUACCAGAUGCGAACCCAAGUGUUGCGCCGCCUGGGCUACGUUGAACAAAACAACACUGUCACCCUAAAGGGUCGUGUGGCUUGUGAAAUGGGCAGUAGCAACGAGUUGAUGGUGACAGAACUGGUGCUGGAGAAUGUUUUUGCAGAUAGUCCUGCUGAGCUAAUAGCGGCGCUGCUCUCCUGUAUGGUGUUCCAGCAGCGCAACUGUAGCGACCCAGCUCUCACGCCAGAGCUGAAGUCUGGCAUAAAGCAGUUUAAAGAUGUAGCACGGCACAUUGGUACAAUACAACAGGAAUGUGGCCUCUUGGAACCUGUUGGGGACUUUGUAGAUCAGUUCAACUUUGGUCUGACGGAGGUGGUGUAUCAGUGGGCUUGUGGAAUGCCCUUCAACAAGAUCAUGGAACUGACUGACGUUCAGGAAGGUGUUACUGUGAAGUGCAUCCAGCGACUUGAUGAAGUGCUCAAGGAUGUGAAGAAUGCAGCACACAUCAUCGGUGACCCCAACUUGAGGGAGAAGAUGGAGGCAGCCUCAACAGCCAUAAAAAGGGAUAUUGUGUUCACUCCCAGCUUGUAUACACAGUGAAGGGUGAUCUGUACCGAAGAAACUACCUUACACACACACAUGCACACAUACAUAUUGAUUUUUUUUUGUCUAGAUUUAGAAGAAGGCAAAUGCUUCCUUAUUUAAACCUGACAAAUUUAACUUUGCCAGAGAAUAUUGCUCUCUCUGCUGCUGCCCCGGUGAGGUGGUGGGCGCAUGGUCAUUGUGCAGACGCUGUGUCCUGGAGGGCCCAGGUUCAAGCCCUGCCCGCCUCUUCAAGCUGACAAUUUCCUGUCAUCGCUGAGUGACUGAAGACUACCCACAUGGUGUCCUGAUGACCACCCAUCAACCUGGAAUGUUGCAAAACUAAAGAGGAUCAAGUGUAGUUCUGGGAGGCAGCAUGAGCCAAGCAAGAUGCCACCACUUUAGAACACUUGCCUGUUCCACUAAUAGGCAGGGGAUGACCACCAGGCACCACCAUGAAAGCCUAUGGGGGCUAUAGGCCUAAGGUUAAAAAUAUAUAAGAAUUAAGUAAAACUGGAGGAUAUAUGGUGGAGUAAUUUAUGCACAAUAUAAUCUUGUUAUAUUCUCAAUAUUAUAAAUCAUUGUAACUAUUUAUUUUGUGACUACCAUAAUAAAUACAAUGCAAGCAAA